GAGGAAAAGAAGAGCCAACUCAGGGUCUUGCGGGGUAGAAAUCCGCAGCCACCGCAGCCACCGCAGCCACCGCAGCCAUGUGUUCCGCUGUGGCUGGUGGUGGUGGUGGUGGUGGUUGCCUGGCUGGACAAUUGCCUGCCUGGAUAACAACAAACGAAGGGGUAGUAGUAUAAAGCUCUCGCCUAGUUUUCUCAAUUUUCACCAUAUCAGCAUAGUCACCUCCCCCCACCAACAUGUCUCCGUACCUCGCGGUCGCCAUCUUCCAUCCUCGCUAUGGCAACUUCCAGCAUUGGGCCCUCCACCUUCACACCGACACCGGGGAUCGCGUGUUCGAAGUCGACGGGGAACACCCAGGGUUCACCAAAGUCACUUCCCACGUCCACCCCCGGAACAUCCCCAUGUACAUCCAGUCAAUCAGGGUCGCGGACAUUGGCAACGUGGACAUCCCCGCGAUCCAGGCUGUCGUGGAUGCCGCCCUGGUCGACAACGAGACCCUCGAGUGGGACUGCCAGGACUACGUGCUCGAACUCCUCGAGGGAUUCGAAUGCGAGGCGGUCAUUGAUGAUGAUGACCCCGAUUAUCUCGAGGCAAUCGAAGUUCUUCGUAGUAAGCGGGGCCCGCUUCUAUGAUCAUCGGUCCUAGCGUGCAACGGUGUACCAAGAACGGAGGAACAGACAAAGGAAACGCAUCCAAGAUC